AUGCAUGCCAUUCAGCAGAAAUGCCGUCCCAAACACCAGGUCUUGGUCCUGAAGUGUUAUCCUCGAACCACCAAGGGCGCUGUCGAUGUCAAGCCCAACUCAAGCGAGCUCAGCUACCUCCUGUUCUAUGCCACGUCGCGACGAUCCAAGAUACAAAAGGUCGGCCAGUUCCUCGAAAAGAAGACCGCUAGCGAUGUCUGGAGGGUGCGCAUCGGUAACGUCCAGGUCACACUGCAGAUACUGGCUGCCUUGAUCGAGAAAUCUCCGAAAGACCUCCCCUUAUUCGCGCAAAAUGUUCUCAAAAUCCUGGGCCAAGUCCUGCACUCCGACGACAUCUCCAUGGUCGAGGCCUCUCUGCCCACCUUCGAAACCUUUUGCGAACACCACGAUGUCUCCUCGCUCUUCGCCGACCAGGUCUACCUGCGUCAGUACGAAGAAGUAGUACGUGCCUACGCUACCUUUGCCUCCACUCGCAAGACCCCCGGAAAGGGCACCCCAAGCAAGCCUGUCGUCCUCCGCUGGAGGAAUGCAGGCCUGCAAGCCAUAAGAAGCAUCGCCCAGUCCGAUGCCUUGUCCUCGGUAGCCGGACGUCAGCUCGAUGUUAUCGUACCUAUGAUAUUGGAGAAUCUAUGGACCGAAGAUUCGCACUCCCUCCAGGUCCUGCUGCAACGUGCCCAUAUGGAGGAAAAGGUUGACUCCAAUGCGCUAUCGCGUCGUAGGACGAGCGUAUCGACGGUCGAAACAGGAGACCCGAACCCCAUCGCCAUCUCUGGGUCUUCGGUAGACAUGGACAAAAUGGCCGAGGAGAAUAUUGGCGUGGUGGCCUUGCAAUGCCUUAAACAAAUCUUCGUCAUACCCAACAGAGCCCAGUUGCACGGAGCGACCAUGGCCCUGUUGAAGUUCAUCGAGGAGAGGAUACAGCAGCAAGAGGUAGUAAUGAAGCCUCGAAGCGACAAGGGUCGUGACGGUGGUUGGGCCAUCAAGAUAUUCGAGCUCAUCGCGACAUGGGCCCCAGUCCAGGAUCGCUAUGUCAUAAUGAUCACGGCUACUGACACGCUGUUCCGAACGCCACCAACGAACGAGAAUAUCCCCGAGCAGAUCGUGCUAACCGCAAUCAUUGGAUUUCUGCUACGCUCCGCCAUCAACCUGAUUGGCCUGAGUGUUAUGGAUGUCCUCCUUGGUUUGAUUCAGCACAUGCAACGGGUGUUGAAAUGCGCGGCCGGCUCAGGCCAGGGCGGCUUGUCCGCGUCGAUGGAGGAGAAAGCAUCAACACCAGACAAUACCCAACAGAUGACGACUGAGCAGCAGGAGCUGCUGGACCGCCUUCAAAAGUGCAUGGGAGAUCUGGCUACCCAUAUCUACUAUGCCGAUCAGAUAUCCGAUAUGAUUUCAGCCAUCUUGCUACGGCUGAAGCCUCACUCAAGUGCAGCAAACUCGACGCCUCCUACCGAAAAGGCCAACAACCAUGCUGUUCCUACAGCAUCAGCAGGGAACAUCUCAGAAGAACAACGUAGUCUUGAUACCUUUUUCGCCCUAGACUCGGCCAAGUUGACGGCACUCAAGGCCGUUAAAUCGAUACUCCUCGUUGCCAACCCCAAGACGAAGAUUAGUGGUAACGUCAGCCUUACGAGAAACAAAGUCCCCAUACAGGUCUGGGAGGGAACCCAUUGGCUCCUACGAGACCCCGAUGGGUACGUUCGGAAGGCAUAUGCUGAUGCCGUCAUUACCUGGCUUGAUCGAGAGACCACCAGAGCUGAUCUGAGAGCCCGAGACGAAACGAACCAGAAAUCAUCACGCAUCGGCAACAGGGAACCAUCGGCGAGUGUGGCCCGUCGAGCUGUGUCAAGUGCCUCUCAGAGGCCCGUCAAACACGUCCGGUCUCACUUCCUGCAGCUACUUCACUUGACUAUAUACGACAGUGCGCUGCAAUUCCUCGAAUACGAUGCAGAUAUACUGCUGCUUCAUGUUCUCCUAGCGAAACUUGUGAGCAAACUAGGGGUCAAUGCUGCCAGAUAUGGCAUUCCAAUGGUGUUCAGGCUUCAAGAAGACAUCCAGGAAGUAGAAACGCCGCUCUCGAAAGUACGCCUAGGCUGCCUUUGCCACGGCUACUUUUGGGUCUUGUGCGAGCAUUUCGACUUCGAGACAUCCGUAGCCGGACGGGCGAUUCACAACGAGAUCUCUCGGAGACGGAGCAAGCACUUUUGGGUCGAAGGCGUCCACGUUCCACCGCCAGCAUUGGAUCUUAUCGGCACUCCCGGCAAGGUGAGAUUGCAAACAAAGAUAUCGAGUCAUGAGGUUGAGUCCGAAGCUCUUCUUCCUUUCGAUGAUCGUCAGAUAAUGGUCGAUUGCAUAUCCACCAGUUAUCAAGAGGGUGCCACGUCUCCGUCCGUGAGCCCGGCCGCAUCACCUGGUCGUGGAAUGUCGCACCCGAUCCUCAGUUAUCCUAUGAGCACCGUGCCGCCAGCUGACGCUAGCCAAGAGCUGCCAGUCAAGUAUAAGGAGGAAAUGCUGGUAGACUGGACCCAAGAGGCUGCCGUCAUGGCGUUGCAAGCAGGUAGCAAGUCAGCAUCUCUCAACGGAUCCAAGACUGGGACGAACACCACUAAGGGUAAUCGUCUCACCGUCAAUGGAGCAUUCGCAAACGGUCAUAGCCAGAGCCGACCUGGUUCAGCAUAUGCGGGCCAUAACAACCUGCGGCCCGGGUCACACGCUGGCCCCGUUGCUGCGCUGCGCAAUUCGAGUAUACAAAGCCGCGGAUCGGGUAGGAGUGGCUCUAGUCGAGGCUUCGUCGCAUCCGUUGACCAGCUCAAGUCGGUCCUUACUGGUGAUCCAAUUCGACCUCCGACCUUUCGUACACUACGGGAAGACGACGAUAGCAGCGAGAGUAUGGCUAGCUACGAAUACACGCCGUCGGAGCUCUCUUUCAAUCCACAAGCUGCUGAAGGCGAAGCAAGCCUGACACAAACAAGAUCGAAGUCCCGCGAGCGACGGCCGUCUGGGGAGUCAGGGGGCCCUUUGACGUCACACCCUACUGAGGAUGAAGAAGAGAGAGAACAGAUCCCGCCAGUGCCACCACUCCCUGCGUCGAUGGUUGGGAAAUCCCCUACUCCCGUCAUUACUCACGAUCAUGCCAUCAAGAGUUCGAAACGGAUUAUCAGGAGUCGUGGGGGUGACAGCAUCCUCUCGAGCGGUGUUACAGACUCGGGUGGAUCCGGCAACAUGGAUUUGCAGUCGAUGCUGAAGAGAAUCGACACCAAGUCCAGACACAGCGCCAGUGGCAAUCUUACCCGGCCUCCUUACUGA